UUUGGUGGUUGCAUGUAUUCAUAUGGGUCAUCACAUUUCCUGCAUGCAUUUUCUUGAAUCUUUGUGUUGUGUGUAUUUGGUCAUUCGUAGGUGAGCUUCGGAGGGUUUUGUCGCCGACAAUGUUUAGGAGAAAUCUUUGUGCAUGCCAACCACAAUUCGUGCAGUGAUGAGAUAGGUGGUGUGUCGAUCUCUUCAUCUUAAAGCGAGUUUUGAAGAUUACAGGUUUUAAAAGUUAAGUUUGAUAUUUAUAUAUAAUGGGUGGUCAUCUCAUUGGGUGGUGGAGAUUGAUUGCUGCUGCUACUCUAUCUGGAAUUCUCUUCUUUCAUGGCUCAAUUUGCUCCUCGGAAAAAGCUCCAAAUUACAGCUUCGUCCAGCAGGCAACCUCCGCCCCGUCCGUGUCAUUCUACGACUACAUCAUCGUGGGAGGCGGCACCGCCGGCUGCCCUUUAGCCGCCACCCUCUCCCAAAACUACACCGUUUUGCUCCUGGAGCGCGGCGGCUCCCCUUACGGUAACCCCAACAUCACCAACUUGGGUUCCUUCGGCGCGGCGCUCUCCGACCUGUCGCCGGCCUCCCCCUCGCAGCGGUUCGUGUCGGAGGACGGCGUCAUAAACGCGCGCGCGAGGGUGUUGGGCGGCGGCAGCUGCCUGAACGCCGGGUUCUACACCCGCGCCGCCUCGGACUACGUGAGGGCGGUAGGGUGGGACGGGCGGCUGGCAAACGAGUCGUACCGGUGGGUGGAGGAGGUGGUGGCAUUCCAGCCGCCGAUGCGGCAGUGGCAGACGGCGGUGAGGGACGGGCUGGUGGAGGCGGGGAUUUUGCCUUACAAUGGUUUCACGUACGAUCACAUGUAUGGGACUAAGGUUGGAGGAAGCAUCUUCGAUCCUGAUGGGCAUAGACACACGGCUGCUGAUUUAUUGCAGUAUGCAAAUCCCACCGGCCUCACUGUGCUUCUGCAUGCCUCUGUUCAUAAGAUUUUGUUCAAAAUAAGAGGCCAACCAAGGCCCAUAGCUCAUGGCGUCAUCUUCCGAGACGCAUCAGGGGCCAAGCACAAGGCCUACCUAAAGGAUGGGCCCAAGAAUGAGGUCAUAGUCUCAGCAGGUGCACUGGGCAGCCCACAGCUCCUCAUGUUAAGUGGAGUGGGCCCAGAAGCCCACCUUAAGGCCAACAACAUCAGCCUGGUCUUGGACCAGCCCAUGGUGGGCCAGGGCAUGUCCGACAACGCCAUGAACGCCGUUUAUGUCCCGUCUCCGAUCCCUGUCGAGGUCUCCCUCAUCCAGGUCGUCGGCAUCACCCGCUUAGGCACCUACAUCGAAGCCGCCAGCGGCGAAAACUUCGCCGGCGGCUCCGCCCCUCAACGGGACUUCGGAAUGUUCUCGCCUAAGAUCGGGCAGCUCGCGACAGUGCCGCCGAAGCAGAGGACCCCGGAAGCCAUAGCCAAGGCGGUGGAGACCAUGAACAGUCUUCAGGAACAAGCUUUCAGGGGCGGAUUCCUCCUGGAGAAGAUUAUGGGCCCAAUAUCCACCGGCCAUCUGGAGCUCCGGACCCGAAACCCGAACGACAACCCUUCGGUGACCUUCAACUACUUCCAGCAGCCGGAGGACCUAGGGCGGUGCGUGGCGGGGAUAAAGACCAUCGAGAGGAUAAUAGAGUCGAAGGCCUUCGCACCAUUUAAAUACGAAUAUGUAUCGAUACAGGCACUGCUCAACAUGACGGCGAAUUUUCCGGUGAACAUGUUGCCGAGGCACGACAACAGUUCGACGUCGCUGGAACAGUUCUGCAAGGACACGGUGAUGACCAUAUGGCACUACCACGGAGGAUGUCGGGUCGGGUCGGUGGUGGAUCCGGAUUACAGGGUCCUGGGCAUUGAUUCGCUCCGGGUGAUCGACGGAUCGACCUUUAAUUACUCACCCGGAACCAAUCCGCAAGCCACUGUUAUGAUGCUGGGGAGGUACAUGGGAGUAAGGAUGUUGAGCGAGAGACUAGCAGGUGAUGGAUCAGAAAAGUAGAUCAUGAUGAUCACUUGAGUUUUUGUGCGCAUCAACUAAUAUAUUUUUAUGGACUUGACCUGAAUUGUGCAAAUUAAUUUCGAAGCAAAUUCUUGUAAGGGAUGGAGUGAAUACCUAAACCCAUGUUUACAAUAAUAAUUGUGCAUGAUCUUCUUGUGCCAUCAUAGCUUGUGAAAAAGUUAAGGACAAACUAGUAAUAAAAGUUUGUGGAGUUUUUUUUUUUUUUUUUAAUAACAAUAUUAAAAACAUAA